UAAUUAAUUGCCUUAUGUAAAGUUCGAUUUAAGCACUGUACUCCAUGCUAAAUUUAGUUUAGGCUUACACAAGGUGUCUUUUCUUUUUUUUCUUUUUUUUUUUAAUUCACAAAAUUUAUGCUGGUUCUAAUCAUACCACGACAUAUUGAUUACACAACUCAUUUAUGAAUCAGCGAGAAAUUUUUCACCCUUCCCUUUCUUGGCUGUCCUUCUGAACCUCUGAGGAAUCUUAUCUUCCAAGAUAAAGAUAAUUCAAGUACUGUGUUGUUAAAAAAUUGAAUUUUUUACUUUACUUUAGUGUAUGAUAAGGGAUUUUGCAAAGAGUCGCCUUACAUUUUUCUUUCCAGGGCAUGUUUUAUUUUCCCUUUUCAAACCUGACAAAAAUGGAAUUUUUCUAUAUAAAUAUAAAUUAAACUUACAUUUUAUAUUACUUCAGCUUAUCAUAACACAGCUGUAUACUUCCCACAUUACAAAAUAAUGAUGGCUUUAAUGAUAAGGCUCUCAAUUAGAAAGCUGCUAGCUUCCAUGAAGCUAACUAGUGAAUACCACAUAGUAGUUGUAACUAUCAAACAGAAAUCAGAGUUAUAGUAUGUGCUUUGGUGACAGACAAUUGUGAAAUUAUCAAGCUUAAAUAUAUUAAGUCAUUCAGUGCUUUGAAAAAUGAUGAUGGUGCUAAUAAAACCUCUUGGUUCAACAUCAUUCCAGAAAAAAAAAAUCAAUGAAUUAUCCCUUGGUAACCUUUAUGUUCCUUACACACAGCGCUCAUUACUGCAUUUCGUUACAGAUUACUUUACCAUUUUUGCUGUAUACACCCCUCACAAUCUUAUUCCAAAUUACCUAUCAAGAAGACCAAGAGAGAGAGAGAGAGAGUAAUUGUGCUUACCAUACAUAUAUGUACACAAACUAAAAACAGUAUGAAUGACAAGCAGACAAGUGGACAGUAACAGCAAUAGAGUUUGGUUUACCAUAUUGUGCUUAUGCAAUACAGUUCAGAAGUGUAAAAAAUAUGUUGCAGUUGGUGUACAGCAUAUGGAGAAUAUCAAAGUAAAAUGUCUUCUUUCAUCAUCAUGGCAAUAAAUUCUGAAAUUAUAUACUCAUCCAAAACGAUGCAAGUUACCUCAAAGAAAACAAAUGGAAAUAUAAAAUGAAGUACAUUUGUAAAAAUAUAUAAAAAAAAAUUCCUAAAAAAAGCACAAAUUCUAAGUGGAAAACUAAGACUUGUCAACCAUUAAAUUGCUCUUCAUUUAAAAUUAUUUGGAAUUUUUGCUUUGAAUCUUUCUCCUACCCUGUAUGAGUAUAUUUUGUGUUUAAUUCUUUUUUCAGAUCUCUUUUAGAAUAUGAUAAUGAUUAGCCCAAAGCUGAAACCUACCAAAUUUCUAGUAUUUAUAUUUCUUAUGCUAAUAAUUAUGCUCUGCAAUGAAAGUCAUAUUACACGGCAUAAUAAAAGUACAGAUGCAAUGAGGGAAGUAACAAUUCAGUUAAAACCAUGCUCCUGUAACAGAACAAUCAACACCACAUGGACAAAUUUUGAUGACCAAUUUAUCCAUGUGAAUUCCAACUGUGGUCCAUGGGCAACAGCCAGAGGUACAGACCAGAAGGUUGUGAGUUACUCAAUUUAUGGAAAAUUCCCAGGAGAUUACUAUUAUGGCCUUGAACAAAAUACAAUGGGAGUCAAGCAGCUCUAUCCACAAUGGACAAUGAGAGUUUACCAUGAUGAAAACCUCUGGCACUCAUCAGCACAGCAUGAAUGGGCUUGCAACCUUGCAUGUAACAACUCACAACUGGAUUUCUGUGACGUAUCUCAUAUACCAGAUUUGGGCAAUGCGAGUACAACCUGGGGAUCUCUGUGGCGCUUCAUUGUUGUGGGCGACCCUACUGUGGAUCGCUAUGUAGUGCGUGACUCUGACUCCCCAAUCUUACAGCGUGAAGUUGAUGCAGUGGAUGAAUGGAUAAAAUCUGGUAAGUGUUACCAUGUAAUGAGGGAUAACCCACAACAUGGUGUGAAGAUGUUGGCUGGUAUGUGGGGAGGCUGCAAUUAUAAGGGCUCUGUAUAUUCUGCCAGAUCAACAGAUAUCAGAAGAAACAUGCUGGAAUAUGGAAGAAAUCUCAGCCAGGAUCAACCUGCACUAUGGCUAUAUAUGUGGCCUGAAGCACAAAGUGAUGGAAUAUUUCAUGAUGCAUUCACCUGUAUGAGAUUUCCAGGGUCACAGCCCUUUCCUACAGAAAGAAAGGAUAACACAUAUGUUGGAAUGCGAACAUACAGAGAAACCUACAAGUUGGAUGGUAUCCAUAGAACUUGUCCAGAAAUAUGUAGACCCAUCGACCACCAAGAAUGGGAAUUCUGCUAAGCCUGUUUUUAUUAGCUCCCAAAUUAAUUUUUUUUUUCCAAAAUAUAUUUUGUUAGCUAAAACUCUUUAAUACACAAGGCCAAAUUGGAAAGCAAUGAUCAGAUAUAUUAUAAGAGUUCAAAAAGGUGAUACAAAUGUUGCUUAACCACAGAUAACCUUCCAUUUAUUCAUAUGUAUCUAUCAAAUAAAACUGUGAUAUGAAAACCAAGAGUGUGGAGAGGGUGUUUGGGUAUGGACUAUCCUACUUCUGUCAGGUAGAUAAAAGACUUGAUUCUGGGAAACAUCAAGACCACAAAUACAAGCUAAUUAUGAUUCAUGGGGUUAUGAUGAAACAAAAAAGACAAUAACAACAUGCAAAAUAAAGUUUAGAACAUAGAAAUAAUGUACAAAACACAAUACUACUAUGUACACUCUUUCCCUGAAUUAAUCAGAGAUACAACAAAAGUCUUUCUCAUAGAGAUAAAAUUCUUUACCUGUAAAAAUACAU